GGAAAUCAUGAAUUCAUGCAUCAAUAUUGGAAAGUUGCUUGAAAGCCAGAAAGAAAUCCCCGCCUGAAAAGUCCUUCAAAUUGUGACCUUUUGGUUCACCCUGAAGAGUGAAGAGUAAUGAACACAUAACAAGGGUCAAUUGUUCUUCUCUGGAUGAAUACUUGCUUGUUUGAGUUGUAUUUUGUUUUUGAAUGAAUGAAUAUAUACUCCAGGGUCAAUGAUGAUUGAUUCAGUCAAUGACAUUACUAAAUUGAAAGUUAUGAGUUUCCGUCUAGAUAAAUAGAUGUGUUGAUGCCUACUGAACACAAUACAAACGAAGAUGGAUAUGAAGAAGAAUAUCAACCCAUCUUCAGCCAAUUCCCACAGGCGUCUUGUUCUGAAAUACGCAAUCACCUCGAGACUAAUAAUAGUUUUCUUAAUACUCCUCUGGCGAUGUCUUCUUAGCCCCUAUGACACCUCAGCUUCCAUAAACCCUAGCUGCCUUCUUUCUGAAUUGAAUUCACACUCUCCGCCGGUUCUCCUCCCUCGUUUGGCGGCGGCAAUUGAGGAUAGCAUUGUCUGGGACAGCGUAUACUUUGUUCGGAUUGCGCAGUGCGGAUAUGAAUACGAACACUACUAUGCAUUCUUCCCUCUUCUUCCCGUUUCCUUAUCCUUGCUCUCCAGAACAGUUAUUGGACAUAGGGCUGUUAUUGGAUUAUCUGGUUAUGUGCUCAAUAACAUUGCAUUUGUCUUAGCUGCGCUGUUUCUUUACAGGCUUUCAAUAGCUGUUGUGAAGGACUCGGAGCUAGCACUGAGAGCUUCAAUACUGUUUUGCUUUAAUCCUGCUUCCAUUUUCUACUCAUCAAUAUAUACUGAGAGCCUCUAUGCGCUUUUUUCAAUUGGAGGUUUAUAUUACUUCACUAGUGGUGCAAGAAAUAUUGCAACACUUUGGUUUGCUCUCUCUGGAUUUUCAAGGUCAAAUGGAAUACUUAAUGCAGGCUAUAUAUGUUUUCAGACGAUGCACUCGGUUUACACUUCUGCUGUUCUCCAUAAAAGAGCGCCUUUUGCUUGGGAUCUUCUUGUGGGUGCUUUGCGUAGCCUAUGUGUGAUAUUCCCAUUUAUUGCUUUCCAAGCUUAUGGAUAUUACAAUAUGUGCAUGGGACAGUCUACAAGGCCAUGGUGCAAGGAAAGGAUACCUUUAUUCUAUGGUUAUAUCCAAGGUCAUUAUUGGGGAGUGGGGUUCUUGAAAUAUUUCCAAACUAAGCAAAUCCCUAACUUUCUACUUGCCUCCCCAAUUUUAUCAUGUGCACUCUGCUCAAUUAUACAUUAUGUGAAGCUACAGCCAGAGGUGUUUUUCUCGUUGGGCUUCAGAAGAGCUUCUCCUCCUAUGAGUAAUAAUAAUGAGCAGAAGAUUUCACCCUUUACUUAUGGGUCAAAUGCAGCUGGGCAAGAGGAGGUUGCUGAUUUAUUUGUGGAGAAAAAUGAUACCUUUCACAAAAUUCAAGGUAGCGAUCACGCUCUCAAACUACGGAAACAAUACGCGGCUGUCAGAGGACAUAAUAAUUCUGCAACAGAGAGUGGAAAACCAAAUAAUCACUUGGUGCCGACAACGGCAGGAGCUGUAAUACCAAUGCAGGUUCCUUUGGUUCUCCAUCUCGGGUUCAUGACUGCCACAGCUUUUCUCGUCAUGCACGUGCAGGUUGCAACCCGCUUCUUAUCGGCCAGCCCACUGCUCUACUGGUUUGGUUCAUACUUGAUGAAGCAUGGCUUUGGGAAGAAGAGGCGGAGAGGCGGGUACUGCAUUUGGGUUUAUUGUUGGGCAUACAUCUUUCUUGGCACUCUUCUCUUCUCAAACUUCUACCCUUUCACUUAAAGCCUAAAAGGAUUGGAGCCCCCCCCCCCCCCCCCCCCCACCACAUACACACACAAAAAGAGGGAAAAAGGAAGAUAUGAUGUGAGUAUGUGACGUUGUGGCGGUCUGUGAGCUUUUGUCAUAUUUUAAUAUGGUUGAGAGGACAAAAAAGGGUGUACUACUAGUCUACUACUCAUGCUGUCAUGCAGUUAUUUGAUGCUUCAUUUCGAUACCACUGUUAAAGUGGUAAAUCUAACGUUUAUAGUAAGAACUAAGAAGUUACACCAUAAAGUAAUCGAGUGUUCAAUAUGCUAAUUUUCGGUUUUCCCAAGAUGACAGAACAUAUAUGGACAAAGUUUAUAAAUUAAGACAAUACUCCUUCUGUCCCCCUAUGUUUGGGACGGAAAGGAGUGGCAGUGGCACGCAUAUUAAGACAAUUCAUAAAGCUAGACAAUGGGUCUGCACCAAUUACAUUUUAGUUACUUUUUGAACAAUUACAAAGGUCCUCUUUAAAACAAUUCAUAAAGCAAUUGAAUGGGUCUGCAACAAUUACGAAGCUCAUACCCCACUAAAACAAUCAUAAAGCUACGGAGUAUAAACUAUUCAUAAAGCUAUUCCAGAUGGGAGGAACGAAAAAAGCUCUGCCGCUGAGCUUCAACAUGAAGGAACAACUAACGAAGAACAAUCGUAUGAUUUCACUUCUGAUUCUUCCGUCUGAGGCAUGAAAUCAAAUUGAUCUUCACUAUCUUCAACAACCUAAUCUUCUUUAUCUUCAACAACUAGACCUUCCAAGUUACGAAAGGGGUUGGAGGAAUCAAAACUCAUUUUCUGUGAAGGCUAUUUUCUGAGAAGGCUGUGCAGAGGGAAGGGGUUGGGUAAAGUUUUGGAAGGAUAACCUGCGAAGGUUGUAAAGAGUGAAGCCGAUGGAUUUGGGGAAGGUAUACGGAGAUGGGAGAGAGAGAGUUGGGGUAGACUGUAGGUGUUGAUGGAGUGUGCUGUGGGUUUG